AUAUCAGUGUAACACACAACAUUGGCAGGCAGCCCUGAGCUGGAGUAGAGAAACAACACAUCUAGCAGAUAACGGAAUUAUAUAAGUAUUAAAAUAUAUUUUCACCAGUAUAUUACCGAAUGUUAAGUAGUUAAUCAAUGUAGCUAAUGGUGCUGCGAUAGGUAACAUUAACCCUCAACAUUUCUUAGCUGGCACAAGCUAGUUAGCUCGGAGCUAGCUAUAUUUGAUAAUUAUUGGAAAGUCUGGCAAGUGGUAGCUAGGUUUCUUAUAACCAUGUAGCUAGCUACUGUAAUGUUAAAUAUCAAUUGACAAACAGUUUGCUAACUCGACGUUAAAAUAUGUACAUUCAUUCAUCAUCAUUUGAUUUACAAGGCGAGCGAAAAUCUAUGUAUAAACAGUCUGAAAAUAGCUUCUUCAAACGUGGUGAAAAGACAAGCCCUAUCAGUGUAAUUUUGGUUACUUCGGGUAGCCGAGGGAACAAAUUGCUCUUUAGGUACCCAUUUCAACGGGUUGCAGAUUGCACAUCAUCACUCACGACAAAACAGCGAAGUCCAUAUGCAUUGAACACUACAGGAGAUGUUCUUGAAGACCCAGAUGGAGAUUCAAGAGAACAAACUCCAUUAACUGAUCAACAGUUGGUAGCAGGGUUCUCUGACAUCAUCCUCGCCACUAUCUUGGCCACCAAGUCUGAUAUGUGUGGGAAGAAGUUUGAGCUGAAGAUAGACAAUGUGCGUUUCGUUGGGCACCCCACCCUCCUCCAGCAUCCUCACACCAUUCAGGUGUCCAAGACAGACCCCUCACCUAAGAGGGAGAUGCCCACCAUGAUCCUGUUUAGUGUUGUGUUUGCUCUGAGGGCCAACGCCGACCCGUCCGUCAUCAGCUGCAUGCACAACCUGUCCCGGCGUAUCGCCAUCGCCCUGCAGCACGAGGAGCGCCGCUGCCAGUACCUCACCAGAGAGGCCAAGCUGAUGCUGGCCGUGCAGGACGAGGUCACCAACAUGACCGAGACUGAUGGCAGCCCUCAGUCACCGUUCAGACAAAUCCUUCCUAAAUGCAAGCUUGCCAGGGACUUGAAAGAGGCAUAUGAUAGCCUGUGUACAACAGGGGUGGUGAGGCUCCAUAUCAACAACUGGCUGGAGGUGAGCUUCUGUUUACCUCACAAGAUCCACCGGGUAGGGGGCAACCACGUACCCCCAGAGGCUCUGGAGCGUAGCCUCAAGGCCAUAAGGCCGUAUCAUGCUCUGCUGUUGCUGGACAGCGAGAAGGCUCUGCUUGCCCAGCUGCCUUUGGAUUGCUCUCCUGCUCUGGUGCGCCUCAUUAAGACCUGCUCUGCAGUCAAGAACCUGCAGCAGCUGGCACAGGAUGCAGACCUGAACCUGCUACAGAUCUUCCAGAUUGCGGCUCACCUGGUGUACUGGGGAAAAGCCAUCAUAGUGUACCCUCUGUGUGAGAACAAUGUCUACAUGCUGUCCCCACACGCCAACAUCAGCCUGUACUCUCCAUUGGCUGAGGCGUUUGGCCAGCAGUUCCCAGGUCAUGACCUGCCUUCCAUGCUGGCCAAGUUCUCCCUGCCCCUCUCACUGUCUGAGUUUAGGAACCCACUGGAUGCGUCUGUGCAGGAGGCCCAGCUGAUCCAGAUGGUGGUGUGGAUGCUCCAGCGGCGCCUGCUGAUCCAGCUCCAUACCUAUGUGUGUCUGCUGGUCCCCCCCAGUGAGGAGGAGCCAGGUCUGCUGCGGGACGAGGAGCUCCCCCUGGUGGCCCGGGUGGGGGGACGCAGCCUCAGCACGCCCAGCGCACUCAGCUUCGGAUCUCCAACCAGCAGUGAUGACAUGACCCUGACCAGUCCCAGUAUGGAUAACUCCAGUGCAGAACUGCUUCCUGGUGGAGACUCUCCACUAAACAGGAGGAUGACCGAGACGUUACUGGCCAGCCUGACAGAGCACGAGCGCCAGGUCAUCCUCAAUAUCCCAGCUGCACAAAGUCCUGAAGACCUGCGCAUGUUUGCCAGGCUGCUGCACUACUUCCGAGGGCACCAUCACCUGGAGGAGAUCAUGUAUAAUGAAAACAUGAGGCGAUCUCAGCUGAAGACCCUCUUUGACAAAUUCAGAAGUGUUCUGGUGGUCACCAACCAUGAGGACCCUGUCAUCUCCCUCUUCCAGUCUCCUCUGGAGUAGAGAGGUCUGUCAUCUCCCUCUUCCACUCUCCUCUGGAGUAGAGAGGUCUGUCAUCUCCCUCUUCCACUCUCCUCUGGAGUAGAGAGGUCUGUCAUCUCCCUCUUCCACUCUCCUCUGGAGUAGAGAGGUCUGUCAUC